AUGGCUGCUCAAGGCGAGCAGUUGGCUUCAGACUCGGAUGCCUCUGCCUGGCGCGGAACAGAAGAUAACAUGGACGACCCAGAGGAAGUGAAGGUUGUUUUCUGUGCUCUCGACUCUUUCUCACAAUAUCCAAAAGUCGCACACUUCAAUGUUACUCACCUCCGACGGCGCUCAUUCUACGCUCUCCCCCAAGCACACUGGAAAAUGCUGGCAGCGCCGCCAUUCAAUUUCCUUGAAACAUUAGACAAAACAGACGACGCAAUAGACUCCAAUGCUGAGCUAGCUCGUGCCAUUGUGUCUCAUGGCUUACGGUCAUUCCACAAUCUGGCCGCCGUCUCACCGCAAGGCGAGCCCAUGAUACCACUGGAGUGGACGGGCGUAGCGAAACACGGCGACAUCGACAAAGCCAGAAGCACAAUUAGACAAUUCUACAGAGACUGGACCAAGGAAGGCGCCGUGGAGCGUGACAUUUGCUAUGCUCCCAUCUUGACGACCCUGGACGAGGAGCGCAAAAGGAUAGGAGAGGACAGACAGCCAAAAGUGCUGGUGCCUGGCGCAGGACUAGGAAGACUGGUAUUCGAGCUAUGUCGAAAGGGAUACGAAACCGAGGGAAAUGAGAUUUCGUACCACCAGCUUCUCGCGUCGUCAUACAUCUUGAACGAGUGCGAGAGAGCAGCCAAGUUCAAUAUUCACCCAUGGGUGCACACCUUCUCCAACCACCUCACACGGGAAAACCACCUGCGCAGCUACAGAGUCCCCGACAUCCACCCUGCCACUACGCUGGCCGAUUCACCCACCAUUGGAAGCAUGUCCAUGUGCGCGGCGGACUUUCUGUGCCUCUACGCAGAUGAUGAGCACAAGGAGACGUAUGACGCUGUAGCGAGCCUGUUCUUCUUGGACACGGCGCCGAAUUUGAUACGCUACUUGGAAGUCAUUUACCACUGCUUGCGACCUGGUGGUGUUCUCAUUAACAUCGGUCCUCUGCUAUGGCAUUUUGAGAACCAGGCACCUGGAAAUCAUGGGCAUGACGACGACGGAGACGGCGAGCACGAUUUCAACAACUCGUCUGGGAUUGCUGACCCCGGAAGUUUUGAGCUUUCGAAUGAUGAGGUGAUGGCAUUGUUGGAGAAGAUGGGGUUCAAGGUGGAAUGGGCGAAAACAGGGGUGCAGGCACCGUAUAUUCAGGAUAGGGAUAGCAUGUUGCGUACGGUGUAUGAGGCGGCGGUAUGGGUGGCGAGGAAGCCGGAAUAA